AUGGGCCUUCUCCGACUGCGGAUGACAGAGCAUGCUCCAACUCAGGAACCCCUAUUACGGCCGAAAGUUGCCAGUCUGCGGAGUCAGAUAAAGACGGUCGAGUUUCUGAAUUGCCCACAAUGCGGAACGGCGUUCACCGUUGAAAAUGGGGCGAUUCUGACGGCCGACCGCAAAUUGGGAUGCGGUUUCUUCAAGGACGCCGAGCUUGGCUGGGUGACGGCGCACCAGAUAUUGGCUGGGGUUGGGUGCAGUUUCUGCACCGAUUCCCAAAACUACGAGUACAUCUUCGCCUGUGGCCAUCGAGCCUGUACAAGGUGUAAACCGCCAGAACAACGACCGAAAUGUGCGAAGAAAUGCCGAGGCGGGGAUGGCCCGGCUGGAGCUGGCAGUGAUGUGCUUAGCUUUUACGUCAAAUAUCUCGAUUUCUCGUCUGGCUUGAGAAGGAGACGCAAGAAAACGAUCUGUGGCAAAUGCGGACUUUUGAACCACAAAAACCACGACUUCGUCCAGUUGAUCACGGUAGAAUUGAAGGGGCUACGCACCGAGAUUGGCAUCGAGCAGAAAAACCUCUACGAAGGGUUGGCCGGGAAUAUCACUGGACUACACGACUGUACGCGGGAAGCCGUUAAUGCGUUAUUGGCGGUGAAGGAUGCAGCAUAUGCAGCGAUUGAGCAGCAAACUACUUUAAUAGAUGGCCACAAGGUGCGGGAAGAGAUGCGAGCGGCGGCAAAGUAUUUUGAGGAGUACUGUGAAGACUACAUCCCACUAGUACGCUCACUAAACGAUAGACUACACGAGACGAAGGAACAGCUCGAUAAGCUGUUGCUACCAAAAACUCAAGAA